AUGUCUUCUGCCGAGGAUCAUAUUUCAGUCAUUGUCGAUUAUGCUGCACAAGGUCAACCUGUUGACAAUUCUGAUUCCAAUGAGCUAAAGUCGUCAAGUGUACUUGCCUAUCCUUAUCCUUUACCAGUCAGUGAGAAUAUUGCAAAAGAAUUAUUUGGAGAACUUUUUGAUGAUCCAGAUGAAAAAUUCAAUCAAGACAUUUUGUUAUGGCUUCAAAAAACCUGUUUUGUCCUGGCCGGUCUUUAUACAUCUAAUUUAAAACCGAAAGAAGAAACAUAUGACCGCUACGUUAUGCAUUUGAUUAUAAUGACAAGAUUUGUUCUUAAAAAUAGCAACAAAGCUAGAACGUCUGAUUUUAUUAAGUUCUACAAUUUACAGCCAGAAUCAAAAGAAUAUCCCCUAGGAGAAGCUGUUGGCACUUAUUAUAUUAAUUAUGUUUUCUGUUCUCUGCUCAACAUUAGCAAAGCAGAGGAUGAGAACGUACUCUUCGAGAAUUUAGUUUACUCAGCAUUUCCGUAUGGACGUAAUGUAUUGUCGCAUAAACAAAAAAACAUAGGACCCCUUCCCUCAAUCAAUCGUAGUAUUGAUUUAUCCAUGGACAAAAUGAAGAAUUUUUUACUGGAUUUUGAAGUGACAACAUAUUUCAAUGAACACUUUGAACUUAAGGGACACAAAGUCAGUAUCUGCAGUUACGAAUUUGAUCGCCAAGAGCUUAUGGUUAGUUAUAUGCAUAAUCGAGUUGCUCAGUUGUAUGGAAUAGAGAUGGCUGGAAUGGAAAUACUAAAAACAUUUACGUUCCUAAUUGACAACAAAGAAUCUAAGGAUAUCAUGCGCGAUUAUGACAUUUGGAGAGGGGCUGGUGGUUUAGAGGAAGCAGUUUUUAAACUUAAUUACGGAAGAACAAAAAGUCUUGGCUACACUUUGUUGGCUGAUAAGUUUUUCAGAUUUGAAAGAAAAAUCAACUCAUUUUGGUUCCGGUUUCAAAGAGAAACCAAUCAUAGACGGCUUUAUAAACCGGUGGAUUAUUAUUUUGUUGUUUUUUCGAUCUUUUUAGGACUUCUUACAAUAGUGCAGACGAUUUCAGGAAUAGUUUCUCUUAUUUUCCAAUUAAAAUCUUAA